GCCUCUUUGAUGAAACGGCACAUCUUCUCUCGCCAGCACUGGAAACGUGGUCUGCGUGCUGCUUAUAGCGAUGAUCCGCCUGGCUCUCUCGAUUCGGACACAAUCGGGGCUCUCAAUUUUUCUUUUAUUCAUCCUCCCCCUCCCGGUUAG